UUUUUUUGUGGGCCGUGACAACACAAGGCGCUGCUUAUAUUAGCCCAGCGCGACGUUUCCAGCUUUAGCUAUCAAUCAAUCGAUGUGAUCGCGAAUCUGACCGAGCUCGGAGGGGAUUGGUUCGUGCGGCUGUCCAUCAACUGGCUCGCGCGUGUCUUUGAGGCUGCCGUGCGUCGCGAGGAGAAAAGAGGAGGGUCUUCCAGCGAGGCUUUUUAUUUAUUUCUUUGUUUCCAGUCGGGUUUAAAUAAUAAUAAUAAUAAUAACAACAACAGCGAUAGCUAGCUAGCUAACCCUAGCUAGCUAUUUUCUUUUUGGGGGACUUCAAUGUUGUUCCGCUGGACCGAGACGAAAAACUGGACCAUAUUACGCUAGGUAUUAAAACGCCUAAGCGAAGGGAAGGAGGAUGAAGCGGCGCAAUGCGGACUGCAGCAAACUCCGGCGGCCGUUAAAACGGAACCGAAUCACCGAGGGCAUAUACGGCAGCACCUUCCUAUACCUGAAGUUUCUGGUGGUUUGGGCGCUGGUGCUGUUAGCCGACUUUGUGCUGGAGUUCCGGUUCGAGUACCUCUGGCCCUUCUGGCUCUUCAUCCGGAGCGUGUACGACUCCUUCAGAUAUCAGGGCCUGGCUUUCUCAGUGUUCUUUGUGUGUGUGGCGUUUACAUCCGACAUCAUAUGCCUGCUCUUCAUCCCCGUGCAGUGGCUGUUCUUCGCUGCCAGCACGUACGUGUGGGUGCAGUAUGUCUGGCACACAGAAAGAGGGGUCUGCCUCCCCACCGUGUCCCUGUGGAUCCUCUUCGUUUAUAUCGAGGCAGCCAUAAGAUUCAAAGAUCUGAAGGACUUUCAUGUGGAUCUGUGUCGUCCCUUCGCAGCACACUGUAUCGGAUACCCGGUGGUGACGCUGGGCUUCGGCUUUAAGAGCUACGUGAGCUACAAGAUGCGUCUGCGCAAGCAGAAGGAGGUGCAGAAGGAGAACGAGUUCUACAUGCAGCUCCUCCAGCAGGCCCUACCGCCAGAACAGCAAAUGCUGCAGAAACAAGAGAGAGAGGCCGAGGAGGCGGCAGCUAAAAGUGCGCACGACGCCGACUCGCCCCCCGCAACUCAGAACGGCUCCGCCGGCGGCAAGAAGCCCGCAUCGAAUACUUUACCAGAGCUGGAGUACCGCGAGAAAGAGCGAGGCAAGGGCGAGUCUAAGAAACAACAUAAUCAGAACCAGAACCAUCACAGCAGCAUCCUGCCCGUAGCGGACUAUAAUAAAGCACAGGAGCUGGAGUACAUGGAGAACAAUGUGAACAGCAAGAGACUGAGCAGCUCCGAGCUGCUGGGCAGCACCGAGAACCUGCUUCUGAAGGAGGACAACUCUUCGUCGUCGUGCUCGUCCUCUUCCUCUAAUUCCACCUCCUCGAAAAAUCACAAAAACGCCAGCGCAGGCGGCGGGGUCGGGGGUAACUCGUCACCGCGUGGCCACGGGACGGCCAACGGCAGCGUGCCGUCCUCGACAGGACCUCCUUCCUCGUCGGGGAAGGGCGAGAAGAAGCAGAAGUGCGGAGGGAAAGGGGGGCACCGAGACCCGACAGAUAACUGCAUCCCUAAUAACCAGCUCGGCAAGCCUGAGGCGCUGGUCAGGCUGGAGCAGGACGUGAAGAAGCUGAAGGCCGAGCUGCAAGCGAGCAGACAGACUGAGCAGGAGCUGCGCAGCCAGCUGGGAUCUCUGGGCACGUCAGAACGCAGCGUCCGCUCCGAACUCAGCCAGCUCCGUCAGGACAACGAGCUGCUACAGAACAAGCUCCAUAACGCCGUGCAGGCAAAACAAAAGGAUAAACAGACGCUGGGGCAGAUGGAGAAGCGUCUGAAGGUGGAGCAGGAGGCACGAGCGGCUGCAGAGAGGCAGCUGGCGGAGGAGAAGAAACGUAAGAAGCUGGAGGAAGCCACGGCGGCCAGAGCCGUAGCCCUCGCAGCCGCAUCCAGAGGUGAGUGCACAGAGUCUCUAAGAAGGAGGAUCUCCGAGCUGGAGACGGAGUGUAAGAAACUCACGCUGGACAUUAAAGUCAAAGAGGACUUGAUCCACGAGCUUGAGCUCAAAGUCCAGGAGCUGCAUAAAUAUAAAGAGAAUGAGAAGGACACCGAGGUGUUGAUGUCUGCACUGUCAGCCAUGCAGGAUAAGACCCAGCACUUGGAGAACAGCUUGAGUGCAGAGACUAGAAUCAAACUGGACCUCUUCUCUGCCCUUGGAGACGCCAAGCGACAGCUGGAGAUCGCACAAGGUCAGAUCCUGCAGAAAGAUCAGGAGAUAAAAGAUCUGAAACAGAAGAUUGCCGAGGUGAUGGCAGUCAUGCCCAGCAUCACUUACUCAACAGAUACCAGCAACAUGAACCCAGUCACCCCCCACUACUCCUCCAAGUUCAUGGACACCAGUCCGUCUGGCCUGGACCCCAACGCAUCCGUCUACCAGCCCCUGAAAAAAUGAAUGCCUGCGCCAGCUCACCAUACCAUCCAUCCAUCCUUCUCUCUUUCUCUCUCUCUCUCAUUUUCUUUCUCUCUCUCAUUUUCUUUCUCUUCAUAGGCCCAGACCUGGCCCCCUUCAGAAUGUUUGGGGACUUUUUUGUUGUUGUUUUUUUUUUUCUUUUCUUUUUUCUUUUCCUUUCUUCUUCUACUGCUAUUUCUCGCCUGGUCAGAAGGAUGUCGUAUUGUGUGACUGUAUUUGUUGUAGUAAAAAAAACAAACAAACAAACAAACAAAAAAAAAAAACGAGACAAAAAAAACUUUUAAGGGACAUCGCCCGCCGAGUAGGAAUCUGCUGUUGUUGGAUUUUUUUUCUUCUUGUAAAUGUCUAGAAACCUCACAGAUGUUGGCGUGCAUUUUGGGUUUUUUUUCCGUCUUUAGUGCAAAAAACGGAAAGGCUCUCACUUUACUUUUCCUGUACAUUAUUAUUGGCCUUAAAUAUAUUUUUUUUUCUUUUCUUUUUUUUAAAGGAAGGGACAAAGUCUCAGAUUUACAGCUUUAGCGCUUUAUUAGAACGUUCUCUUUUUUUUUUCAGAAAAAAGAUGAUUUAAAACGAGAUCCCAAACUUCUCACUAAAUCGCUGCCCGUUUAAUAAUGGUAAAAGCAACGUGCGAAAAAGUGGUAUAACUGAAAUUUCAAAAAUUUGAAUAAGCGCCGAACCGUCAGAUACCCCAGUGCCUUUAGACAGGACCACAUUGCUGAAUCUGAAAGAUUUUGUCCCCUGCUAUCCUUCGAGCCCCAUUUUUACAACCGUUUCCCGAUCAGAUCUGGAGCCUUUGUCCCGACAACACCAUCUCUCCAACUGUGAAUACGGAUUCGGCCCGGAAAUCUUGUUUACGCCUAUUUAUUCGGCCUGUGUUGCACUGUUGAUUAAACAAUGCUUGAAGAGUAGCUUAGAAGAGGUGGGGGAACAAAAAGGUAUGGAUAUUUUGCAGCGUACACGGCGAGCCUGAGCAUGUCCCAGAAUAUUCCAGAUUAAUCCAUUGACCAGGCAAUUCUAUAUCUGACAAAAAUGCAAAAAUUUAGUCCAGUGCCAAGUAGCUAGGGUUGUGAUUUUGUUCUACAGUGAUGUGCUGGGAAACAGAAGCAGCUAACAGAACCUUCGAGUGUAUUUUCUAGUUCAGUGUCUUGUUGGUGUUGCCACACGAUGGCGCUGUUGUGCAUAGGAAAGUAUUUGGUUCUCAGUAUUGCAGAGUUCUCGCCCUGCUAAGGACGCAGGUGUUGAGGAAAGCCAGCCUGUCGUCUUUCUCAAGACCCUUCGAGUGAACCUCAAGUGUUCAGUUGGAAAGGGCGCAAUUUUCUGUGGAUAAAAUAAAUAAAUAAAUAAAUAAAUAAAUAAAAUAAAAGCACUUACUGAGUAUUUCUCAGAUGAUCCCUGGGAUAACCGCAACAUCAGUGCAUAAGAUGAAGCUGGAACCUUCAUCCAGCUGUGAUGGGAAGAAGAUUUUAACAUUACAGAAUGUUCUAGUGUGGUUUAAUGUGUUUAUAAAGGUGUCUUGAGAAAGAAAGGCUUCUGAUUAUUUGAAUGAUUUGAAAAAGCCCGUUGUUUGUAUUGCUCUUUCAGUACUAAGAUUGGGAUAGCCCCAGUGAAUCCUACGUGGUGUUCUAGUGAUCAGCAAUGGUUGUCGUUUUUUUUUUAUUUUAUUUUAUUUUUUUCUUUUGGAGUGCGCGUGUGUGUUUAAAUUAUGGACAGUUCGUCCCUGAGGUGUUGGCCGAACGUUAACGUCCGCCUACGGUGAAGUUAACCGGUCUGCAGACGAAAAAAAAAAAAAAAAAGUGAAAAUUUUCAAGUGAAAAGAAGAAAGCACUUGCUUUGCGUUCUUUGCCCGAUGUCUCCUCUUUCUUUCUUCAGACCUUACUGUGGCUGCAUUCUCACUCUGUGAGGUUUACAAGGAAUAAAAGGUUGUUUUUUUUUUCCUGGCAA